CCGUAUCCAUAAAAUUUAGGCCCGGCACGACCCAUAAAUUAUUCGUGCCCGUGCCGAGCUGGCCCAUUUAAUUCGUGUCUGUGCUCGUGUCGUGCUCUAACCGUACCGUGUCGUGCUAGCCCGUGGGCAGCCCGACCCGGUGCCCACGUACAGGCCAAACCCAUGGUCAUACUCGGCCGGCCCAAAUUAGUUGACUUUGGCUUAUCAUAGAACUCUGCUAAUAGUAAUCCGGUAAUCCCCUAAAAAAUCGUAAUCAACAGAAAAUCCAAAAUUUAGGGAACUUGCGGAUUAAUAUUAGUUGACUUUGGCUUAUCAUAGAACUUUGCUAAUAGUAAUCCGGUAAUCCCUAAAAAAUCGUAAUGAACUGUAAAUCCGAAAUUUGGGGAACUUGGGGAUUAAUAUUACAAAAAUUAACUUCUAAACUCUAAUUCUAGACCGGUCCGCUUCCGGCGCCAACUCGGGAAGGAACUAGAGAGCAGAGGAGGCACACCUCUAUAUCUCGUCACGUUCGACCACGCCACCCGGGCAAUUUCAGCACCGUGGUGAUUGCAGUGUGAGCAAGAUCUUCCGUAUGACACUUGUGAGAUUUCUUAUUUGUCCACUCUGCUUUGGAAUUUCCCGGGACGAAUGAAUAAAACCAAAAGGAAGAUGACAACAAACCUUUCCACUUCAUUUUCAUCACUAAUCUACAAGAGAAAGGCACUCAUCUAAGACGAAAACUCCACAUCCUCUUCCCAUCUCUCUUUCUCUUCUCUUAUUGGAGCAACCACAAAUACGUCCGUUUUCUCCCACCUCUGUUUGUUUGUCAGACAAAGACUUGCCCUGAUCCACAUAACCAUCUCCCUACGCCAAAGCACGUCCUCCACUUCUUUCCCCUGAAGUUGAAAUCCCUUAGCCCAUCACUCUCUGUAUCUAUAUCUUCUCAUCUAUCAGGACUCCAACUUCGUGGGUAUUGCUCUGCUUCUUCUGUUAGCGAGCAGAGCAGCAGCAGCCAUGGAGGAAAUCAGCUCGAUCAUAGUCGCUACCGUCAUCACCUCCCUAACCCUCGUACUCUGUAAAACCCACCUCUUCAAGCCCUCACACAGCAAGCUCCCACCAGGACCAUUCUCCAUCCCAAUCAUCGGCACCUUCCUCUGGAUGCUGAAAAGCAAAGGAUUCUCCGACCUGGAACCAGCACUCGUUAAGCUCCGCGCCAGGUACGGCUCCAUCAUCAAAAUCGGCAUCUUCUCCCGUCCGGUCAUCUUCAUCUCCUCCCACUCCUUAGCCCACCAAGCCCUCAUCCAGGACGGCGCCGUUUUCGCCGACCGGCCGCCGGCUCCCCCUGUCUCCAAAAUCGUCUCCUCCAACCAGCACAACAUCAGCUCCGCCUCCUACGGCAUCACAUGGCGCCUCCUCCGCCGCAACCUCACUUCCCAAAUCCUCCACCCUUCCCGCGUCAGGUCCUUCUCCCGCGCUCGCUCAUGGGUCCUCCAAAUCCUCCUCCGCCGAAUCCGGAACCAUCACAACCAAGAACAGAGCAGCCUGAGGUUGAAAGAUCACAUCCACCAUGCCAUGUUCGCCCUGCUGGUGCUCAUGUGCUUUGGCGACAGGCUGGAGGAGGAUCAAAUCCAUGAGGUGGGACGAGUUCAGAGGAGGAUGCUGCUGGGGUUCCGUCGCUUUCAGAUACUUAACCUCUGGCCGAGCAUCACUAAAUUCCUCCUCCGUCGCCAAUGGAAGGAAUUUCAUCAGCUUCGUCAUGAACAGCAUCAGGUCCUUCUCCCUCUAAUCAGAGCCAGGAAGGAAAAAAUUGGAAAAGGGGAGGGGGAAGAAGAACAAGCACGUACCUGCUACGUGGAUUCGUUGCUUGAAAUGGAGCUACCAGAUACUGAUGGUAAUGGAGAGCAGAGGAAGAGAAAGCUUACCGAGGGGGAAAUUCUGGGCUUGUGCUCCGAAUUCCUCGACGGAGGGACUGACACGACUACAACAGCACUGGAGUGGAUCAUGGCGAACUUGGUGAAGUGCCCUGACGUUCAGGAGAAGCUGUUUCGGGAGGUUGAAAGCGCAGUGGUGGAAGGAAGUGAAGAGGUUUUUGAGGAGGAUUUGGGGAAGAUGAGGUACCUGAGGGCGGUGUGCUUGGAAGGAUUGAGGAGACACCCGCCGGGUCAUUUCGUGCUGCCGCAUUCGGUGACGGAGGAUACGGUGCUGGACGGCAAGUUUACGAUCCCCAAGAAUGCUGCUGUUAACUUCAUGGUGGCGGAGAUGGGGUGGGAUCCUAAGGUCUGGGAGGAUCCCAUGGCGUUCAAGCCGGAGAGGUUCCUCGAAGGUGGUGGUGGUGGUGAGUUCGAUUUGACCGGAAGCAAGGAGAUCAAGAUGAUGCCGUUUGGUGCUGGGAGGAGGAUGUGUCCUGGGUAUACUCUGGCGAUGCUGCAUCUUGAGUACUUUGUGGCUAAUCUUGUGAGGAACUUCAAGUGGGAAGCUGCAGGGGAAGUUGAUCUGGCGGAGAAGCCUGAGUUUACCGUUGUUAUGAAGCACCCGCUCGAAGUCAAGUUGUCCCCCAGGGUUCGAGCCUCGUCGUCGUAGUAGUGCUAUACCUUAUGCAUAAUGGAGAAAUCAGGAUUUCUAGACUGCUUUCUGGCAUAAAUAUAGAAUGAAUUUGCGUGUAGCUCAAUCCACUGUAUGAUAUGGAUCAAUAAUCUUAUGUGUCAUAUGUUACACAGCAGCUCCUUUGGCUGAUGAGUUUCCAGAAUAGGGAUUUCUUCAAAUCGAUUCUUUGGCUCAACAAAAAGAGAUGGAUUCAAGCCCCAAUGGGUUCACACCUAAUUGAUCUGUAAAUCAAAGAUUUGAAUCAAU